AUGGACGGAUACCCGCUAGGAAGUCUCGACCACAAUGUACCGCUGAUAAUUUUCUCGGGCUUGACGUCGACGUCUCCCGAGAUUGAGCUCAAUGCGACCUUGCAAGAGGGCGCGGCGUUGCUUCGCUCCGAUUUACCCCCUCUGGACAGUAAAGAGGCAGAGCUCCUGGAGCAACAUUUUCGAGAUGUGGACAGCGAAGGGCAAUCAUGGACCGGGGUCUCACGAGAAGAGCCAUACCGCCUUCGCAUCAAGACCGUAGGACGUACCUACCCGCUGCCACCGAAGCGCGCGUCCCUUCCAGAAGAUACCGAGCCAAUGAGAUUGAGUCCUACACUACACUCGCCAUUCUCACCUCUCAGCCCAGUCUCAGUAUUAUAUCCUGAUGGUUUAAUGAAUGCGCAGUGGAUACAAAAACAUCAGGAAUUAGUGCCCAGUGUAUUCGCCUGUUGCUACUGCCUAACGAACGAUCCGGCCGCAGCAACCCUUCAGGACAACAAACUCAAGACGGAUAUAAACAGCAUAAAAGCGAAAUUGACAGAAACUGGUUACAAAACGCGACUGGCGGUCAUUUUUGUGCAGCGCGAGGGAGACGGAAGCUUGCCGUCCAUCACCGACCAAAUUUCAGAGCGACUCGAAAAUAUUCGAAAGGGCACAUCUAUGGACCCGAAAGCGAUAUUCUAUAUCCAUCCCCAGGACUCGCCCUCGGACUUGAAACAAGUUGCCGACAGUAUUCUGGCCAGUCUCUAUGGGACUGCUAUUGAAUAUUACAGAGACCUCGGCCGCCACUCGCGCAAGAAGCGAUCCCGCGGCAUUGUACCACAACCAACAGUCCCGCCAACAUCUGGCACCUCUCAAACUCUCUCAAUGCCGGAUUGGAAUUUUCGAUACGACUUCAAAACUGCCAUCUUUUCAGAAUUUAGACAAGAGUUUGACCCUGCUAUUCGAUCGUUUGAGCAAUCCUAUGAGAUUCUGCUCGGCCAAGAUGUCAUGGACACGAUACCCAGCUGGAGCCCUCGCUGGAACGAGGCGCGCUUACUCGCCGAUGUCAUUUCAAUACGCUGCCUGCGGUUGCAUCUUUGGAUGAACCAGCCCAGCCUGGCCGUGCGUCGCUGGCAGGCACACCGAGACCGCAUUGGUGACUUGGUUGAUCGCAGAGGAAAAGGAACAAACAACUACGGGUGGCAAGCUUGGGAAGCGCGCUGGGCGCUGGUUAUGGCUCAGCUUAUAGAACGGGUUGAGCUGCCUGGUCUUGCGCCGUCGACUAUGAACCUCUUUUUGCAGCCGGAAAAGGCUGUCCUUGGCGAGCGGCUACAUCCAUGGGAGUUUCUGCAUCAUACAGGGUACUGGUAUCGAAUUGCCGCUCGUCAUCUUGGCGCACGUCGAACUCUUGCCCUGAUGAUGCCAGAUGAAGAUCGCGCGCCGCCAAAAGGCUCAGAUACUACAAGCUCACAACAUUAUGACACAUAUCUGUGCCCGCCGCCCUAUAAAGAGAACCCUCUGGAAGGUGAAGGAGUGAACCAUGCGCAGCUGAUCAUAGACUGCUUGAUUGCGGCUCGCACGCAGUUCCAGGGCCGAAAACAACUACGUAUAGCUGCCGAGUUGUCCCUUGAGUGCGCCCGUGAGAUGGCCAGACUAGAGAGCUGGCAAGAAGUACUAGCAAUGCUGCGACCUCUAUGGGAAGAUUUGUCGUUUCGCAGCGAUAACUGGAUUGAUAUAACGGAAGAUUUGUGUUGGCUGAUGCGCCGGGCUGCCGUUGCAGCUGGUCGAGGCGAGCUUGUUAUCGCUAUUGACUGGGAACUCCUCGACAAAAAAUUCACAAAACGCCCUUACUGGCACUAUGACCUCAGCAAAAGCCUUGAUGGCAUGAAGUUGGAGGAGAGGCCCUCUGUGGAUGUUUCUGACGGAUCAGCAACCGGCUUCAUCUCCACUUCAUUUGUGUUUCGAAAUAAAGAGAGCAAAGCGGGAGACUUUUGUAAAGCUCAAUUGUCUCUUGUGUCUAAUGCUAUGCCCGGCUCGGCGCCUAUUACUCUGGCGAAUGUACGAGUUGAGUUUGAGGGUAGCCUGAAACCGAUAACGCUGGAGCAUACACCAUCAGACGAGAAGCCAACGGGUCGGCCGAUAUCAAUCUCUCUCGUGACACUGGACGAAGAGUUCCCUGAAGAGUCUGAAGAUGAUCUGCCGACAAAGCUUCACGGUAGCUGUAACCUAACCUUGGAGGCGGGACAGCGACUUGUCAUCGAGAUGGCAAUCCCGUUGCGGGAAGCAGGUGAUGUUGAACCGUUCUCGGUUGCGCUCAAUAUGGACACCAAGACAUUCGCCUUGAGCCUGACUCUUCCAUUCAGAGACACGGAUGCGGCAGUGGGGUGGUUUACCGCGGGCUCAGCCAAGGCUCGCAAGGUGCGCGCCGAUUCUAGGACGUUGAGCAUUCAACCGCGUCCACCAAAGUUGGACAUCAAAGUCGCGCGACAGCUACAACAAUACUACGCAAAUGAGCCAGUUGCGUUACCUAUGGUGCUACAGAACAACGAGGAUGAAGCGGCCACAACGAAACUGGACAUUCAUGUAUUCGGUAAAGUGAUACCAAUAUUGCACGUUCAAGCGGGCGACAAAGAUUAUGCUACCGAGGCUCAAGCUGGAGAAGAGACUGAGCUAGGCGGUAUUAGCCUGGGCAAGAUUGAAAGCUCGGCAUCACGAGAAUUCGUCCUAGAGAUCGAACCUAUCAGUGGCCCGAUGACGUACGAGCUACAGUUCAGAGCAACAUACCACCUGGAAACCGAUUCAGCUACGCCCAUUAUACAAGUCUUCUCGGUGCAGCUUGAUCUGGUGAAUCCUUUUGAAGCAAAUUAUGAUCUUGUUCCGAGAUUGCACCCUGAGUCAUGGCCGAGCCUUUUUGACCCGGAGGGCUUGGACGAUAUCGAUGAAGAUGGGAAGCAGCGGACGGCCAUUGGGCUCAUUCAGCGUUGGUGUCUCUUGUCGCACUACGCUUCGUUCGCGCACGAAGAUGUUUUGGUCUUGGGUACAGAGGUUGAGGUCACUGAAUGUGUUGGUCAGGCACGCUGCCACGUGAGAAAGCUCGAGCCCAUGACGGGGGACGAUGGGCUUUUAGUUGAGCCGAGAACGAUGCAUGAGUCGCGUUUUGAGAUUGAGGCACAGAAGAUGCAACUAGAAGAUCGGAGCCCCGUGUCGAUGAGAUUGGCUUUCAAGAUCAAAUGGCGGCGAACAGACUCGAGUCCUCAAAGCCCGCCAAACACUACAACCAUGCCAGUGGGCCGAUAUAUGGUUCUGGGAGCGGAACCGCGCGUGCUGGCUACUUCAUUUCACGGCCAGCCCGACGAGACAAGCACGACGCAGCUCGACAUUACGAUUGAGAACCCAUCGAACCAUCUGCUCACUUUUGGGCUGACAAUGGAUCCGAGCGAGGAGUUUGCCUUUGCGGGAGCCAAGCAGACGACGUUGCACAUGCUGCCCAUGUCGCGACGCACGGCAACGUACCGGCUGCUGCCACUGAAGAGGGGCUGCUAUAUCCGGCCCGGACUGGUGGUGCGGGACAAGUACUUUCAAAAGGUGCUCCGGAUUAUACCUACAGAAGGCAUGAAGAUUGACAAGGACGGUCUGUUGCUGUGGAUUCCGGGACUGGGGGAGGAUAAUGAUGAUGAUGAUGAUGAGCAGGAUGAGGAGGAAAAGGAAGAGGAGCAGGGGUAG